ACUCUUUUCAUAAUUUAGUUUGGCUGAAUCUACCUCUAAAUUAACAAGUGUUUUCCUUCAUUCCCUUAUUCAAAAACUUUUUCACACACAAUUUUUUUUUCUUUUAAAUUUCGUUUUCAAAUUAAAAAUUUUGUUGUUUUUCGUUCGAAAUUUUUUUGGUUUCGAUUUUUAUUUCGAUAAAAUUAAAUAUAACUUAAAGGAAUAACCACUUUUCAAAAUGUUGCAAACCGAACCAGUAAUUUCCGAUUUGAAAACCCCAACCAAUGACACCCAAUACGAUCCAUAUGUAUGUUCGUUGAAUUCACAAUUUAAAAAAAUCGCAAAAGAUGAAUUGCGCGAAGAUGAAAACAUUCGAACUCAAGCGCUGGCACAAUUUCGUGAAUGGAUUGCCAAGCAUCCGCAUAUCAAACGAUGCCGUACCGACGCUGUAUUUUUAUUGCGAUUUUUGCGUGUAAAAAAGUUCUCAUUGCAACCAGCCUGUGAAAUGUUGGAAAAAUACUUAACCAUUCGUCAAUUAUAUCCGCAAUGGUUCCGUAGUUUAGAUAUCGAAGAUAAAGCAUUGGAAGAAAUCAUUGAUAUGGGCUAUGUUGUACCAUUGCUUGAACGUGAUGAACACGGGCGUCAAUUGAUUUUAACCUGUGCCGGACGUUUCGAUCCAUAUCGUUUUACAUCAGCUCAAAUGGCACGAGCCCAUUCACUUGUCACCGAAGCACUUUUGGACGAUGAAGAAUCACAAGUGGCCGGCUAUUCGCAUAUCAACGACGAAGAAGGUUUAAGCAUGGGAUUACUUAGCUUAUGGUCAUUGACUGAUAUCCGCGCCAUGUUAAAAUGCAUUCAGAAUUCGACACCGAUGCGUUUGAAAGAGUCGUACUUUGUUAAUUUACCAGCGUACGCAAAUAAAGUGAUGGAAUUUGCAAUGGGCGUGCUUAACGAAAAGCUGAAGAAACGUGUUAUCUUCAGCAAAAAUCUCGAAGAAUUAAAAACAAAAGUAAAUCCAACAUUGUUGCCAAAAGAAUACGGUGGCACCGUUCCAUUGAACGAUAUGAUUGAUGCAUUCAAAGCACGUCUUCGGCGACAACGUGAGGCAAUCCUUGCUUUGGAUGACAUGUACAUUGAAAUCACAAAAGAAUCCACCAAUUUUGCUGGCAACGAUGAUGCAGACAUUGAUGCGGGUAUGGUCGGUAGUUUUAGAAAAUUAGAGGUAGAUUAGAAACUGUACACAAAGUGACAACAAAAAAAAAACAUAACAAAAAAUGGCAAAUUCUCUUUCUGCCUUCUGGUUGCUUGGGAUGUAGGUAUUUUUUUUUAUCUGAAAACAAUUCAAAUUGACGAAGAUCUCCUUCUUUUGUUUAUCUUUUCUCCCCUUUUUUUCCCAUUAACAAUUGUAUAUUUUUUUCUAUUGGUUUCAAUGCUUAUCUCAAUUUUACUUCAUCUUAUCCAAUUCUGAAACAAAAAUGAAAUGGAUGGGGACUGUUAAAUCGGAAAUGAUUAAAUAAGAAACUCUUGUUUGCACUUGGUAGACGCUAAAAGGCAUUAAAUGUUGCUUUUCGCUUUUGACAAUUGAUGUAAAUUCAUUUUGAAAUGAUUUAAAACAAAAAAAAACAAUCUCGUUAUAAAUAAUGAUGAUUGCAAUGAAAAAAAAAGUUCCAAAAUAAAUUUAACCACCCCUUUCCUAUCCCUUUUCGGCUUCCACUAAUGAGAAUUUGGAACAUUCAAAAUUAUGACAACUAACAUUAUGCAGUGUGGCACUAUUUGCUUCUUUUUUUAUUCUUCUUUAUCUAUCCUAGUUUAAUAUCUAUAAGUAGCUGUAAGCACAAUUUGUAAUUUGUACUUUGGACAAAACAAAAUAUUAAUCAAUUUCUUUUGUAUAUGUUGAACAAAUUUCAUGCACAAUUUAUUAAGGUAACUUAAAAUGAGCAAAAAAAAACACACACAAACAACCAA